AUGCUCGUCUGGAUCGUGUUUGCCGCUGUGCUUUUUCUCAUCCUUUCAUUCCGCUUCCCUUACUUUUUCCAGGAUGUCCAACACGUCCUAGUGAAGUUGUACACAUCGCGCCUCGUCCGGAAAUACAUCCGGACUAAUUACUUCAUCCAGGACCGGUUCUCGGACCUGGUGCAGCUGCAGCCGCACAAGCCGUUCCUCCUCUUCAGAGAUGAGACGUUCACCUACAGGGACGCGGACGAGCUCAGCAACAAGGCUGCGAGAGCGUUCCUGCAGGGCGGACUGAAGCAGGGCGACACGGCCGCGCUGCUCCUCGGGAAUGAGCCGAUGUUUGUGUGGCUCUGGUUGGGUUUGAUGAAGAUCGGGUGUUCUGUUGCUUUCCUCAACCACAACAUCAGAUCCAGGAGCCUGCUGCACUGCUUCAGCUGCAGCGGGGCCAAGACCUUGGUGGCUGCCGAGGAGCUGCAGGAUGCUGUGGAGGAGGUCCUGCCCAGUCUGUUGGAGGAGCAGGUCAAAGUUUUCAUCCUGGCUGACCGAUGCAGAAGGGCAGAUGUGCAGAGCUUCAAAGACAAGAUGAGCCAGUCCUCCUCUGAUCCUAUAUCCAAAGAUUUUAAGUCACACUUAACCCCGCAGAGUCCAGCAGUCUACAUAUACACAUCAGGAACAACAGGUUUACCUAAAGCAGCAGUGGUCCCUCAUUCCAAACUGUGGGCCUUGGCGAAGUUUCCUUCUGUCGCAGGACUGAAGUCCACAGAUGUGAUGUAUGAUAGCCUCCCUCUUUAUCACUCCGCUGGCUUCGUUGGUAUUAUCUCAACCAUUGAUAGAGGCGCGACAGUGGCUUUGAGGAACAAAUUCUCUGCCUCUCAGUUCUGGGACGACUGCAGGAAACACGACGUCACCGUCGUACAGUACAUCGGUGAAAUCAUGCGCUACGUCUGCUGCACGCCAAAGAAACACAACGAUCGGAGCCACAACGUGAGACUCGCGAUAGGCAACGGGUUAAGGGCGGAUGUUUGGAGGGAAUUCGUCAACAGGUUUGGAAACAUUACCGUCAGAGAGUUUUACGGAGCGUCAGAGGGGAAUUUCUCCAUGAUCAAUUACUGCAACAAGAUCGGAGCAGUUGGGAGAGACACCUUCCUCCUCAAGAGGUUUUUCCCGUAUGCUCUGAUCAAACUCGACACAGACACAGGAAAGCCGUUGAGAGAUUCCGAUGGCUUAUGCAUAGAGGCUGACAAAGGUGAGCCUGGACUUCUGGUGAGUAAAAUAACAGCUACUACGCCGUUCACUGGUUAUGCGAGAGACCUGCAGCAAACUGAGAAGAAGAAGCUGCAUAACGUCCUCAAGAAAGGAGACGUUUACUUCAACAGCGGCGACCUGAUGACCAUCGAUGACGACAACUUCAUCUACUUUCAGGAUCGAGUCGGCGACACUUUCAGAUGGAAAGGAGAGAACGUGGCAACAACUGAGGUGGCGGACAUCCUUGCAGUGCUUGAUGGCAUUGAAGAAGCCAACGUGUACGGAGUUGAAGUGCCAGGUCAGGAGGGGAGAGCUGGCAUGGCUGCUGUUACUUUGAGGGAAGGACAGAUUUUUGAUUCUGCUGGUGCUUUUAAGCAUGUCGAAAAAUUCCUGCCGGACUACGCAAGGCCACGUUUUCUCAGGAUUCAGAGUUCCUUGGACCUCACAGGCACGUUCAAGUAUAUGAAGACGAAGCUGGUGAAGGAGGGUUUCGACCCAAAUCAGAUAACAGACCUGCUCUACUUUCUGAAUGUCAAAGACAAGGAUUAUGUCCCACUUACACUGGACAUAUUCAGUUCAGUGACAUCAGGGAAGAUCAAAAUUUAAAGCUGCUUUCUUUGUCUCUACCUGUUUGCACUAUGACACAUCAGCCAUUUGAAUUGUGGCUGUUUUAUGAUUUGUGAUUUUAUCUUUUGACCUGCGUGACUGUGAAUUAACUCAGGUAUUUCUGAUAUUGAUAUCAGCCAACUUGCAUAAAAAGGUCUAGAUAAAGUGCAUGCUGUCUGUGUCGACAUACACUCUAAACAAUAAUUUGCCUGAAACUGACUUCAAGUUUAUUAAUUACAAGUAGAUUUCUCAUUGAAUGAUCUGACAUAAAAUCAAUGUAAAGGGUCACAUUUAAAGCAAAGUUUUUUUCUGCCACAUUGAGUCAAAGUGUAUAAACUGUUGUGUUGUAUAAUAAGUGUAUAAUCACAUUAUAUAGAGGUUCUACAGUUUGUUUGAUAAUGGAAUAAACACAUAAGGUUAAUGUAUUAUUCUGCAUUUAAUUAGACAAAGUUCUUGAAUACAUUCAUAUUGAUUCAA